AAUACAGUAAUUAAAAUUAACGCUUUAACCAAGGUCGACGAAACCAAGGUCGGAGUCAAAGGUUUGAUCGAUUCGGGAAUCAGAACCAUCCCCCCUUUCUUCGUCCAUCCGCCCGAAACCCUAGCGGACCUCAAGCGGGGUGCCGAACCCGGAUCUGUGCAGGAGAUCCCCACGGUGGACCUCGCCGGCGUGGAGGACUUCCGCGCCGGCGUGGUGGAGAAGGUCCGGCUGGCGGCGAGCACCGUGGGGUUCUUCCAGGUGGUCAACCACGGCAUCCCGGAGGAACUCCUCCGGCGGACACUGGCGGCGGUGAAGGCAUUCCACGAGCAGCCCGCGGAGGAGAGGGCGCGGGUGUACCGUAGGGAUAUAGGGAAGGGCGUGUCGUAUAUUUCUAACGUGGACCUCUUCCAAUCAAAAGCCGCCAGCUGGCGCGACACAAUCCAGAUUAGGAUGGGGCCAACCGUAGUGGAUUCCAGCGAGAUUCCAGAAGUGUGUAGGAAAGAGGUGAUGGAGUGGGAUAAGGAGGUGGUGCGUGUGGCACGUGUGUUGUAUGCUUUACUCAGUGAGGGGCUGGGAUUGGGUGCGGAGAGGCUCACGGAGAUGGGUCUGGUGGAAGGAAGAGUUAUGGUGGGGCACUAUUACCCCUUUUGCCCUCAGCCUGAUCUGACGGUGGGGCUUAACUCGCAUGCGGAUCCAGGGGCUCUUACGGUGUUGCUGCAGGACCAUAUUGGGGGGUUGCAGGUUGAGACCAAACAGGGUUGGAUUCAUGUCAGGCCUCAGCCUAACGCUUUGGUUAUUAACAUUGGAGAUUUUCUUCAGAUAAUUUCUAAUGAAACAUACAAGAGUGCUCAUCAUAGGGUGUUAGCUAAUUACUCUAAUGAGCCACGAGUCUCUGUUGCUGUUUUCCUCAACCCAAGUGAUAGGGUGAGACUUUUUGGACCAUUGCCAGAGUUAACAUCAACAGAGAAACCAGCUCUUUAUAGGAACUUCACUUUCGAUGAAUUUAUGAAAAGGUUCUUCACGAAAGAGUUGGACGGUAAAUCAUUGACAAAUUUCUUCAGGCAGUGAUGUACACACACAUAUAUAGCAUCUAUUUCGGGUGAUAUAUCAUUGUUGAAGGUACAUAUAUAAAAAUGUUGAUGUGAUGAUGAUGGUAUUUUAUGUUAAUACGUUUGUGAAUAAAAAGGUGCUAUAUGUAUGUUUGACAAAAGCGUAAUUGUUCUUCCCUCAGUUCAUGAUAUCUUUUAUUCA